UGACGUAGGAUUGGAAUGAGGGAGUGAAUGUUCCGGGUCAGAAAUUGGACGGGAGAGGAAAUUAACUCCGGGACGAGACGAAAAAAACAAGAAUGCUAACGUUACCCCCUUCCACACGGAGAUGUAGUCUGUGUUUUAUACGCUAAAAAGAGGGGCUUUAAAACCGGCGGAGGUCGAUGUGAGACGAGGAACCAAGCGGAGAAAAAAAACAGGUGCCUGCAAACUAACCAAAGUGAGACAACGACGGAGAAUAAUUCCCGUGUUCGUCGCCGAACGUUAGCUCGGUAACACGAUUUACUUGCAGUUGGAGUUUUGGUUUUUACUUGCCUGUGAGUUUCGCUUCACUCGUGUUUGACGGUACAUUAGUGCAGGACUGUCCCGCCGUAGCAAUCUGUUGCAUCCCCUGUCCACCCCGCUGUUUGUUUAUCGCACGGGUACAAGAUUUAUUCCCACCUCCCCCGUGAUGUUUCACUGUAUACCCCUGUGGCGGUGCAACCGUCAUGUUGAGAUGAUCGAUAAACGCCACUGCUCCCUGUUGUAUGUGCCCGAUGAGAUUUAUCGCUACGGACGGAGUUUGGAGGAGCUGUUGCUGGAUGCAAACCAACUCCGAGACUUGCCCAAGCCAUUUUUCCAGCUGGUGAAACUAAGAAAACUUGGCCUGAGUGACAACGAGAUCCAGAGACUUCCACCAGAAAUAGCCAACUUCAUGCAGUUGGUAGAACUGGACGUCUCUCGAAAUGACAUUAUGGAAAUUCCAGACAGCAUUUCAUACUGCAAAGCCCUCCAAGUGGCAGAUUUCAGUGGAAAUCCAUUAACAAGGUUACCAGAAAGCUUUCCAGAGCUACGGAAUCUUACAUGCCUUUCCAUCAAUGAUAUUUCAUUGCAAGUUCUUCCAGAUAACAUUGGGAACCUUUCCAAUUUGGUAUCACUAGAACUCAGGGAAAAUCUGCUUACAUUCCUACCAGAGUCACUAUCUAUGCUUCAUAGACUUGAAGAGCUCGACCUAGGAAAUAAUGAACUAUACAGUUUGCCAGAGUCAAUAGGCUGUCUUGUCAGCUUAAAGGACUUGUGGCUUGAUGGAAACCAGUUGGUCGAAAUCCCCUCAGAGGUGGGCAGUAUGAAAAGCCUGUUGUGUCUGGAUGUAUCAGAAAAUAAGAUGGAACGACUUCCAGAGGAGUUAGGUGGCCUGGUGUCACUCAGUGACCUGCUGGUGUCUCAGAACCUCAUUGAUGCUCUACCAGAAAGCAUUGGAAAACUAAGGAAACUUUCUAUAUUGAAAGCUGAUCAGAAUAGGCUAACUUAUCUUCCAGAGAGCAUUGGUAACUGUGAAAGCCUCACUGAACUUGUGCUGACAGAGAACCAGCUACAGAGUUUGCCUAGGAGUGUUGGGAAAUUAAAGCGACUUUCCAACUUCAACUGUGACAGAAACCAGCUAACGUCACUACCUAAGGAGAUCGGAGGCUGCAGUGGACUGAAUGUCUUCUGUGUACGAGAAAACAGACUGACCAGGAUACCGUCAGAGCUGUCGCAAGCCACAGAACUGCACGUGCUAGACGUCUCUGGAAAUAGGCUCACCCACUUACCGAUGUCACUGACCACGCUACGACUAAAGGCCUUAUGGUUGUCAGAAAACCAGUCGCAGCCUCUCCUCACCUUUCAGACUGACGAGGAUCCUGACUCAGGCGAGAAAGUGCUCACUUGCGUACUGCUGCCUCAACAGCCAUGUGAACCAGACAAUAAAGGCUCUGAUAAUCUUGCCCGCUGUGGAGCACUGGAGAGCCUGGUGAAUGACAUGGCAGAUGACACAUGGGACAACAAAGCCAUGAACAGGAUCAGUGUCAUUCACUUUUUGGAUGAGGAGGAGGAGGAGGAUGACGACAAGGGAACACUACUUCGACGGGCCACGCCUCAUCCCGGCGAGCUAAAGACGAUGAAGAAAGCAGCCGAGAACAUUCGCAAUGACCUGAACACUGCCAAAGGCCUGGACUCCAACAAAAAUGAGGUCAAUAACGCUGCAGACAGAGUGACCACGUCUGUGUGACUUUACCUCUGAAAUGUUUUUUUACCUCUUGUGUCUCGCUGUGUCGUCCUGCACAACCCUGCAGACCCCCUUUUUUCUUUUACCUACGAACCCUGGUGUGGCCGUCCCCUCCUGAUUAAACCCCUUGGACGCCUGUAACCUUAUUCCAUCUCCAGUCCUGUGUAAAAUGUGUAUGACUCAGUCUACCAGGGCCUUUGUGCCUUCCUCUUUAUAAUUAAUGUCCACAGCAAUAAUCUGCACAGAGAUUCUCCUUUUUAAAAAGAUAUUUAAAGAUUUGUUACUUUUUUAAAUGCCUCUUUUUAAAAACAUACAGUACAUUAGAUAGUUGCACUAUUAUAAGUCUUUUUAUAAUAUGGUCAAAUCUUCGUAAAUGUAUAUUUGUUCUAUAUCUAUUUUAAAACACUGGGUGGAUACUAUUUACAUUUCGGGCAAACAUAAAAGCAGGAGUUUUUGAACCUACUGAUUAAGGAUUAUUGUACAGUCUCUUGUGAAUAUUGAUACUUUUAUACUUUUUGGCAGCUCAGAUGUAAAUAAAAAUGUAUAGCACAUUUCUUAAUCAGUUACAGAUUUUUUUAACUUCUUUUCUUCUUUUACAAACUUGGUACAUUUUUCUUUUUUGAAAUCGAAGAAAUGAACAAAACAGUCACUGACGUCUUAUUCAGUAUACUGUAUAUACUCGUCAUUGGGUGAGUGGAUGGCCUUGAAUCCUUUUGUCUGUAAACAUCUUGACAUAUUUUUAUUAUUAUUAUUAUUAUUAUUAUUUUUGAAAAAAAUAGAUUUGAUAAAUUAAUUAAGUUUGGAUUUAUGUACUGCACAUCAAUCUUUAAUUACUCAUCUGCAACGUAAUUAUGCAGAAGUAACAAUCCUGUCUUAUUUAUAUGUGCUGUGCUUCCCUGCUUUGCAAUGUUUUUCAAGUAGAUGCCAAAAACAGU